AUGAAAGGAGAAGCGAAACAAGAUGAAGGAUGCCAAAAGUUCAGGCGCAACAAACGUGUCAACACUGAUGACAAACUUUUGAUGGUUACAGAUGAGAAGCGUAACGGGGAAGUCUUGGCAAAUUCUUUGGGUAGGAGAAGGAGUUUGAUACAUAUGAAGAAAGGGAAGGUAGCAACAUUUCGUUGGGAGACAAAACAAGUUGUUAAGUUUUGGACGUGGGAACAGUAA